AAUCGAUUUGCAAAUCAAGAAUCAAAUUCAAUGAAAUAGCUACCUCCUCGAUGAGCCGCGUCACCAUACAAUAAUUACAAUUAUAAUAAUUACAUCAUCAUCAUUUAGUUACGGACCAAUCAGUGACCAGGAAUUGAACUGUACAAUUCAGAUCACGAGGCAAGCCCUCUGAACGCAAGUUGAAUAUUUACGUUGCGCAGACAACAACAAUAGCAACAACAACAGCAGCAGCAACAACAACAACGGCACCUAUGCCCCUGUGAGUCUGAAGACUGCUCCUGCUCGAGAGGGUCACGUGUGGAGGCUGCACUGGCCAGAGGGGACGCCUACUUGCUGUACUGCCAUCGUUUGGCCAGCCUUGCCUGGAAGGUCUCACGCAGCAUUCACAAUUCGCUCCGCCAACUCCCACCACCACCUACCACCACCCACCGCCACCACCACCACCGACCACCACCCACCGCCACCACCACCCACCCGAAGCGCUAGCUAUUGAGCUCGGCACUCCAAGUCACUAAGACACCAGUUGCGAGGCACUUUGCGCUAGCAACAGGCAAGGCAGGCACUCGCAUAGAGACCGAACUUUCUGCACGCUAGCAAUAAGGCACUUAGACGCGAGCUCCUCGCCAUGAGCCACUGAAGAUGAGCAAUAGACAUUUUAGGCAUUCGACGCGAGCAAUGUACAAAGUAGGCACUUGCCAUAGGCACCAGCAAUAGGCGUCAUAGACAGCGGGCACUAGCAAUAGGCAUUGCACAAUAGGCGCCAGCAAGAGGCACUGGCAUACAACAAUAAUAGUCGCUGGUCACUGGAGAUUCUGUGUGGAUCAUCGUCACUUGAAAAAGAGGAAGGGAUAUCGAAGUUCAUUCUGUGAUAUCCACUUGCACGGGCCGUUGUGUGUGGAUCAGUGCCACUUGAAAACGAAGAAAGGAGCUGAGAAGUAGCUCUGUGACCUCCGCUUCCACGGGUCGUUCUGAGUGGAGCAGAGAAGAAGAAGAAGCGUGUUGUUGUUGUUGUUGCUUCUGCCGCCGCCAUGCUGGCGAGGAUGCGGCCUGGCCGCCGUGGCUCCCCCGCCACGCUGCUGCCGCUGCUGCUCGUGUCCACGGCGCUGGCCGUGACCACCAUGGUGGCUCGCCUGGGCCGCGCCUCGGCCUGCCCGGCGCGCUGCGACUGCUCGCCCCACAACCGCUCGGUGGUCUGCCACCGGCGGCGCCUCGCCUCCAUCCCCGAGGGGAUCCCCACGGAGACGCGCUCGCUCGACCUCAGCAAGAACCGCAUCCGGGCGCUGGCCGCCGACGACUUCGCCGCCUUCCCGCUGCUCGAGGAGGUCGACGUGAGCGAGAACGUGCUGGCGAGCGUCGAGGACGGCGCCUUCAACAACCUGCCCAACCUGCGCUCGCUGCGCCUGCGGAGCAACCGCCUCAAGCUCAUCCCCCUGGGCGCCUUCGCGGGCCUGGGCAACCUCACGCACCUCGACAUCAGCGACAACCGCGUCGUCGUCCUCCUCGACCUCAUGUUCGCCGACCUGCGCAGCCUGCGCUCGCUGGACGUGGGCGACAACGAGCUGGUGUACGUGUCGCAGCGCGCCGUCGCCGGCCUGCACAGCCUCGAGCACCUGGCGCUCGAGCGCUGCAACCUCACCUCGGUGCCGGCCGACGCGCUCUCCCACCUGCACCGGCUGCUGUCGCUGCGGCUGCGCCACCUGGGCAUCGGCGCCGUGCCGCCCUACGCGCUGCGCCGCCUGUCGCGCCUCAAGACGCUCGAGGUGGAGCACUGGCCCCUGCUCGAGGCGCUGGCGCCCAACAGCCUCUACGGGCUCAACCUGACGCGCCUCGCCGUCACGCACUGCAACCUGACGGCCGUGCCCUACGCGGCGCUGCGCCACCUCGUCUACCUGCGGCUGCUCGACCUCUCCUUCAACCCCAUCGCCGCCAUCGAGGGCCGCCUGCUCGUGGACCUGGCGCGCCUCCAGGAGCUGCACCUGGCGGGCGCGCGGCUCGCCACCGUGGAGGCCCGCGCCUUCCACGGCCUCGGCCGCCUGCGGCUGCUCAACGUGUCGGGCAACCGCCUGGACACGCUCGAGGAGGCCGCCUUCCAGUCGGUGGCCAACCUCGCCGUGCUGCGCCUCGACGGCAACCCGCUCGCCUGCGACUGCCGCCUGCUGUGGCUGCUGCGCCGACGCCGGCGCCUGAGCUUCGACGGCGCGCAGCCGGCGUGCGCCGCGCCCGACGGCGUCCGCGGCUGGGAGUUCCGCAACUUCCCCGACGUCCUCCUGCCCGACUACUUCACCUGCCGCCGCCCGCGGAUCCUCGACGAGGCCGGCGCCGCAGCCGCCGCGCCGGCCUCGUCGUCGGCGUCGUCGGCGCCGCCGCCGCCCCCCGGGUCGUCGCCGUCGCGCUGGAGGAGCGCCGUGGUGGACGAGGGCCACAGCGCCGUGUUCCCGUGCCGCGCCGAGGGCGACCCGCCGCCCCGGGUCUUCUGGCUGUCGCCGCAGAGGGCCGCGCUGACGGCGCGGGGCAACGGCCGCAUGCUCGUGUCGCCCGACGGCGCCCUGGAGGUGCGCUACGCGCAGCCGGGCGACGGCGGCGUGUACACGUGCGUGGCGGCCAACGCGGGCGGCAACGACACCCUGGCGGUGCGACUCGCCGUGCGGGGCCACGCGGGCGCCGACCACUUCCUGCACAUGGCCAGGACCACGCCGCUGGUGGACGGCGCGGCCAGGCCGGGCCACGGCGACAACGGCAGCUGGGACGACGACGGCGGCAGCGGCGGCGGAGGGAGCGGCGACGUGGCGCUGCCCCACAAGAGGUUCCUGCUCAACCUGCAGACGGUGCUCGUGGCCACGGCCAUGGGGUGCUGCUCCUUCCUGGGCGUCGUGCUGCUCUGCCUGCUGCUCCUGUUCGUCUGGAGCCGCGCCAAGGGGCGCGUGAAGAAGACCUUCGACGUGGGACACGUGCCGCGCUGCAGCCAAGAAGGCGGCGGCGGCGGCGGCGGCGCCGAGCCGAGGACAUUCAGCACCCGCAUGAUGUAGGAGGCGGCCUGAAGAGAGCCGCCGUUGUGACGUCGUCGCCGCCGUCGUUGUGACGUCAUCGCCGUCGUCAUCGGCUUCAUCGUCACGUUGAUCGGCAGCGGCAGCAGCAGCAGCAUCAACACAGGAGUCGUCGUUCUAUUUCUCAUUACCACUGUCACGGCACCAAUGUGAUCGUCAGUAGCAGUCAGAAUGAGAAUGUGUGUUGACGCUGAUGAGCUUCGAAGUUCCUUCUCGCAGAUGUCCGGUGGGCAACGGCAUCGUUGUUUCUCAUCAUCAUCAUCAGCAGCAGCAGCAUCGGGCAAUCAUCAAUGCGAUCUUUAUCAGCAGCAGCAGCAGCAUCGCUAUGUCUCAUCAUCAACAUGCAUUUGUUACGAGUUGUCUUCACUAUUGUAUAAUCAUCAUGACUUCUUCAUCAUCAUUAUCAUCGUGGGGUCGAUAAAUAAGUACAACUUCGUAAGGCUGCACUGCAAUUAUAUUGCUGACUCUGUAUGAACUCACGUUGUAAAAUCUUUAAAUAAAUCGUGUAAUAAUAAUAAUGCUAAGACAGCCCGUACGUCCAGUAAAGCUUCACGCUGAGUCUAAUUACUCAUCGUUCAAGAGGGUCCUGCACGGAGAUGUUUGGCACAAUCUUAAAUGACAAUUUUAUCCGAUUUGGCUCGUCAGGUGUUGGAGGGUAGUUCCAAUACAAAACUUGGCAGGAUCCUCUUGAAAACGAGUCCUCUGAACUCAGCGAGGCUACAGUGGCUGAACGAUAACAAUAACAAUACAGCAAGUCCUCGUUUAACGCGCUCGUCUUAGUAGAUGCGUUCAUAAAAAGUGCCGCGCGAAUAAAAAAAACACUUGGCGAAAACAAACUCCCCAUCGGUGAUGUAACAACGACGACGUUUGUCGAGACGCGACGCGAUCACGACGACGACUACCGCCGCGCACGCACGCGGUGAGAUCGCGGGACACGUAGCCAAGGGCGCGUCACCACCACGUGACCGUAUCACUCAGCGUUAGCGCAUCGCUGUGCACAGGCUCAGCCGUGGCGCAGCUCAAUAAAGUAGUUCGUCGUAAAUUGCUGAGAAACCGCGCCAUAACGGUGCACGCAUUCCGUGUUAUAGCGGUGGACGCAUUCCGUGUUAUAACGAUGGAUGCGUUCCGCGCUAUACCUGUGCACGCGUUAUAACGGUGCCCGUUCCGCGUUAUAACGGGGUUGGGGGGGGGGGGGGGUGAGGCGCGUUCCGCCGUUGUGCUGGAAGCGUUCCCUAGAGGAAAUCGAACGGCGCAAGGGUGAAAUGCGACGCUUCAAGCGGCGAGGAGGCGCCCUGCCUCUGUGUCUGAGAGUGUGUGUGUGAGAGUGUGUGUGAGAGUGUGUGUGUAUGAGAGCGUGUGUAUGAGAGCGUGUGUGUGAGAGUGUGUGUGUGUGAGAGUGUGUGUGUAUGAGAGCAUGUGUGUGAGAGCGUGUGUGUGAGAGUGUGUGUGAGAGUGUGUGUGUGUGAGAGUGUGUGUGUGUGUGAGAGUGUGUGUGAGUGUGUGUGUGAGAGUGUGUGUGUGAGAGAGUGUGAGAGUGUGUGUGUGAGAGUGUGUGUGAGUGUGGGAGAGUGAUUAUCGUGUUUGCGGCUCAAUUAUUAUUGGCGUGAUUGCGCGCGCCACGCCAAGUCCUCCUGCAGGUGUGCGGACGUUGAUGAGUCGUUGGGAAUCACAAAUUGCCGUCCUCGUCCACGUGCUUCUGGAAGGGAAGAGAGGACGACGUGUCCCGUCCAAUUGCUUUGACGCAACGUUUUUUUUAGUUUGAGUCCGCGUGAUUCCAUCGCCCUAAUUUGCAAGGCCCUCCGUGCGGGUUUUGUGAUGAUAUUACAUGUUUGAAUUUGUAAAUAUGUUGAUUCCGCGCAGAGAUCUCCUCUCGGUAGCAAGGUCGUGGGUAUUGUCAACUCAGCAAUAUCACCAUCAUCAGCUUCGCCACCAAACAUCCAUCAUCGUCAUCAACAUCAACCCAGUCAACAUCAUGAUCAUCAUCACCCUCAAACAUUCAUCAUCAUCAUCAACAUCAUCAUCAUCACCCCAGACAUCAUCAUGAUCAUCACCCUCAAACAUCCAUCAUUAUCAACAUCAUCAACAUCAUCAUCAUCACCCCAGACAACAUCAUGAUCAUCAUCAUCCUCAAACAUCCAUCAUCAUCAACAUCAUCAUCGUCCGUGCAGGCAUCAACAUUAUUAUUCAUCACCACUAUCAAGUAUCAAUCAUCAUCUUUAGCAUCAUUAAUAUUAUCAUCAUCACCACAGACAUCCUCAUGAUGAUCAUCACCACCACCAACCAUCCAUCAUCAUCAUCGUUAUUUUGUGGGUGUAUAAAAUGGGCAACAGGCUGUGGUAGCAUCACUUGGACGUCAACGUCGCUUGUUAUUUGGAUGGAUGGACUUGGCUCCGCCAGUGGAAUGUACAAUUUCCACCGCAUAGCGCAGGGCAUCAAUGGUGUUCACGAUCUCCUCUCGGGAUCAUUGUUAGUUUGUAAACCGUUGUUGGCAUCCUUCAACGCCUCUUCAACACCGAAGCAGAGUCGUAGGCUUUCGCGACCAAUACACCAAAACUUAAAUUUCUAUUAUUUGCCCAAGUGGAAGGCCCCAAUGUGCUCCACUGUUCUUUGUCGGAGGCGACGAGGCCAUGACAAGUGAUAGCCCAACGAAGUGGCUCGUCACCACGACGCGCGUGACGAUGUUGAUUCUAAACGUGGAGGGAAAAGCCGGUGGACCCGCAGAAAAAUCUACGAGACCACGGGGAGAGAGAGAGAGACGCAAACUCCACAUAUACAGCAACAGCAGGCGUCAGGGCCAGGAUCUAACCCAUGACUUCCUAUAUACCAGGCGAGGGAGUUAACAUUUCGCCCCCGUGGCGGAAUAUAUAGCACUAAUAUGAUCCAUAAUGGAGAGGUUUUUUUGUUUGGGUUUGAUCGCGUAAAAUAUCAAUGUUGUGUCGUUAAACCCGCCACCACCCGACACGGCCCAUUAAGUAAGGGUUCGUCGCGCAAACAAAACGCGUGCCAAUGUAGUGACGAUUUCACCACCCUCACCCCCCCCCCCCCCCCCAUAUCAUCGCGGCUCGGCCGAGUGCUCCUGCAAUGUGCUUACACGUAGGCAGAGCCGUCCAUAGGGGUGUCAACGGCGAAUCGGGGCGAUCGCCCCGGGCCCCGCAAUUUAUGGGGGGGGGGGGGUUGGCCUGCGUUCGACGUCACGGCGUCAGAUUGUUUUGCUAUCGGUUUAGUAUUGAUGGUGGGGGGGGGGUCCACACUCUGGGGGAUUUCCCCGGGCCCCCCACCAAUCCAUCA